CCCCCCCCCGCGGCUGUUCCAGCCCGCGCCGCUCCCCCCCCGCCGCGCUGCGUCGCCCCGAGCCCGCAGGAUGGAGAUGCUGAACCAGUUCGUGGCCCGGGGCCAGUUCCGGGUCCUGAAGGAGCCCCUGGGCUUCAUCAAGGUCCUGGAGUGGGUGUUCUCCAUCUUCGCCUUCGCCACGUGUGGGGGGUACUCGGGGUCGCUGGAGCUGAGCAUCGAGUGCCCCCCCCCCAACCGCAGCGCCCCCGACAUCACCAUCACCUUCGGGUACCCCUUCCGGUACGGGGGGACGUGGGUGGCGGGGGGCCCCACAGACCCCCAUAGACG